UGGGGCCCCCAAGGUGAAGAAACCCUGUCUAGGGAAACCGCUUCGGAGGAUUCGGUUGAGGAGCGGCUUCUCCAUCUCCGCCGCGGCGGUCUGGCUUGGAUCCUCUCGGGACCAGCCGAAGAGCCCGCAAAGCAGCCGCGGGGAGCGCCCAGAGGAGGCCCCUCAGGAGCGCCUUCCUCAGGCCUGUGGCGGCGGGGCGGGAGGUCCAGGCACGGCGGCGGCGACGACGCCUCAGCAGCCAGCCUGGCGGGUAAGUCAGCCCGCCUCCCUCCCCGCCUCCUCCCGGCGGCGCGGCCGGGGCGGGGGAAGCGAAAGAGCCGGCGAGGCGGAGAAGGCCGCCCGGCAGCACUCAGCCGAGACUAGCAGCAGCAGCAGCAGCCCAAGAUGGCGGCGGCGUGGUUGGCGUGGAGGCUGCUUCUGCCGCGCGGGGGUCUCGCCGCGGCGCCCAGGACCAGCGGCGGCCGCUGCAGUAGCGUCCUGAGGCAUGAGCCCCUUCCCAUGAAGAAGAUGUUGAGACUUCAGAAGCAGCCACUUUCCCCUUUCUUCUUUACUGGUCAGCGGAAACUGCACACUGCACCAGCAAGGGGGGUGUUGCGGCUGCGUCCCCUGCACCUUUUGGUGGCUACAGGUGGAGGAUAUGCAGGAUACAAGCAAUAUGCGAGACAUAAGGAGAAGCAGCUAGAAAAACUGGGCGUGGAGGUAUCACCCAACAUUGCAGCUGCUUGGGAGGUUUCCCUGUACAAAUCUGUGCCAACGCGGCUGCUCUCUCGAGCCUGGGGGCGCCUGAACAGUGUCGAGUUGCCCACCUGGCUGCGCAAGCCUGUCCUCAGCCUGUACAUCUGGACCUUUGGCGUCAACAUGAAGGAGGCAGCCGUGGAAGACCUGCAUCACUACCGGAACCUGAGCGAGUUCUUCAGGCGCAAGCUGAAGCCACAGGCACGGCCUGUCUGUGGCGUCCACAGUGUGAUCAGCCCGUCGGAUGGCAAGAUCCUCAGCUUUGGACAAGUGAAGAACUGUGAAGUGGAGCAAGUGAAAGGCAUCACUUACUCGCUAGAGUCCUUCCUGGGUCCACACGCAAUUAAAGAGAACGCCAAGUCCAAAUCAGCCUCCUGCGGCAACUCAUUCCAAAAGCAGCUGGUCACACAGGACAGCAAUGAACUCUAUCACUGUGUGAUUUACCUGGCCCCUGGAGACUACCACUGUUUCCACUCGCCCACCGACUGGACCGUCUCUCACCGGCGUCACUUUCCAGGCUCCCUGAUGUCUGUGAAUCCUGGAGUUGCUCGAUGGAUUAAGGAGCUCUUCUGCCACAACGAACGAGUGGUCCUCAGCGGGUGCUGGAAGCAUGGGUUUUUUUCCCUGACGGCAGUAGGAGCCCAAAACGUGGGGUCGAUCCGCAUCUAUUUUGAUGGGGACCUGCGGACCAACAGCCCCCGCUACAGCAAAGGCUCCUACAAUGACUUCAGCUUCGUUACCAACAACAACCAGGAGGGCGUCCCCAUGAGGAAGGGGGAACACUUGGGGGAGUUUAAUCUGGGCUCCACCAUCGUCCUGAUCUUUGAGGCACCGAAAGACUUCAACUUCUACCUGAAGCCUGGCCAGAAAAUCCGCUUUGGGGAGGCCUUGGGCUCUCUCUAGAUAGAGACUCCUCCUCCACAGCGGUGGUGGGGUUGGUGGGGGUGGGCUUUUAUAUGCAACCGGGACUCCUCAGUCUGUCAAAGGAGAAGCUUCUCGAAGGUGGGGGUGCUGCUCAGCAGGACCUGAGUGAGGAGCACCAGACCCCCUUGUGCAAGGGGGGGCCCGUGCAUUCCCACCCCGAGAGCUACAGACAUAUCAGGGAUCGUGGCCUUCAAGAAUGUUGACCAGGGUGGCUUUUCUUCUUGCCUGUGCCUGUGCCAAUAACCGUCUCUCCCCCCGUAGGCCGCCAUGGCGGUCUGUGUUGAACUGCUGGAAACCUUGCAGUCAGAGGGAGGAAGGAAAGCAGAGAGAUUCCUUCUUUAAAGGGAUGCUAGCAGAUUGUCCUAAGCUUCCUGUUCUCUAUUUAAGUUUCUUCCUCCCCCCCCCCCCCCCCGUGUGAAAUGUGGCUGGAGCACAGCCCAACACAAGCUCGCUUGGACUCCCUGUGGCGGCUUCGGAAACUGGUACAAUCUGGUACUCUCCCUUUAAAGCAGAAGUUUGCACUGUCUUUUAAAGUCUCCAACACUGUGUCCACAUUCCACGUUUUGACUUCAUCCGUUUGAGUUUUUCGCCUCUUUGACCUGCUGCUCGGGCUCCUCCCAGGCUUCUCCUUCCUGUCUUGCUCUUCUAGGCCUUAUCUGUAUGGGAGAGAGCUAGUCUCCUUUCAUGGGCCAGGGAUGCCAAAAAGAUCCCACCCACUUCAAUGUCUCCGUGCAAAGGCUCGGGCUUGUCUUCUCUUCCUCCCAGGUGCUGCCCCUGGGAUGUUGCCAUGACCUGGGGAAGAGCCCGGGGGGGUGUCUGCCCUGGCAUUCUUGCAGAGAGCAACAGGACAGGCCCAGUGGGAACCCUGGAGUAAUCCUCCUCAUGUGCAUUAACCCUUCCCUACUCCUUCCUAGGCUUGCAAAUCCCUACAUUCCUGACAUCAAGAGGCCACAUUUGCACAAGGAUCGGAGCUCGAGGGUUCACUACGGAAGUGUCCCCCAUUCGUGCUCUGAGGUCUCCAUUUCCCAGUGUAAGCACUACUGCAUAGACCAGGAACAAGGGAGAGCCCCAUUUCAGCUGCCUUUUCCCUCACAGGGGGUUCAUCACAACAGGUGCCAAAGGGGAGUGAAGGGAUUCAUUUAUUCAUACAAUUCAGUUUUCAACUCAAGCAGCCAAGUGCACAUGGAUGAGGCUCAGGAGAGUUGAAUUCACUUCGGUUCAAAUUACAACUCACCUUAAAACCAUUGAUAUUCUCCUUGCUUUAGCCUUACACACGUGUGUGUGUGUGUGUACACACGUCCCACCCACGCACCUCCAAAAGAGGGAGACGUGCUCUCUUCCUCGUAAGGAAUAUGCCACUGUCCUAAAAGCAGCUUUGAGAAGAGGGCAGCUAGGGUAAUGUCAAGAUGAUGACAAACCAGAACAGGCCUCUCUCUUCGAGGCACCGUAGCGUAGCCCUCUCUCUGGUGCUGUGGUUGACGUCAGGCCGAGAAUUGGCUUUUGUGAUGGCUGGUCCGUCAAGCUGCCCUGCUCCCCCCCACCCAGAAUGCCAUGACCGUUCACAGCUCCUGUCUUUUUAGCACCUCAUUCUAGGAAGGCCAACUUGAAGAGUGGGCUAUUGCUGAAGCGUAUGAAAGCAGUGAGCAGGCCCUAGAGGGGUGCAGCUUCCCUCCGUUCGGAGGGACGCAUUGCUUCUGCUGAGGCUGUGUUGCUGCUGAUGCCACUUGGAGCUUUCUGUUCUCAUUGUUCUGCCUGCCUAGCUUACUAGAGGUACAAGUGCUUGUUCAGGACCAUCAGAUGCUACCGGACGGAUGUUCUGCACUGGGCCUGUGUCUGCGGCGGAUGAGGCCGAGUGCCAGGAAAGGUCACGUUGAUCCUCCACGACUGGGAGUGGGUUUCUGGGUGACGCUGUGAAUUUCUCCUGCAUGGAGAAUCCAUUUGAUUUUUCAACUGUAUCAGUAGCACAGUAUUUUUGUAUGUCAAAAUGUACAACUUGCAGACAUUAACUCAUUAAUUGCAAAUGUUUUUAAAUAAAACAGGUGACUUGC